AUGGCGGGAAGACUUCGGAACCGUAUGAAUGGAGAGAGGAAGGGAAAGGGAAGGGAGGGGAAGGGAGGGGAUGACAGGACAGGACAUGGCAGGGCAGACAAGAAUAGAAGGGACUGGUGGGAUGGGGUUAAGGGCGGGGCUGAGCACGAACGAAUAGCCAGGGAGGGCAAGCAAAACGGAGGAAGGAAGACGAAUGGCAGGGAGAGGAAGAAGUUGCUUGACAGGCUGAGGAAGGGCCGUAGCGUGGAUGCCGUCGCGGGCAGAGGAGAGCGGCGGUUCUUUGAAGCGAGGCUCCUGCUGUUCAGAGAGUUUAACCAAGACAAGAGCACCAUCCUCUCUCAUUCUCUGGCGGCAUGGCGAUGGGUGUGUAAGUUCGAGAGGAGGGUGUGGAGGUUCAGGAUCGCGGUUGUGACCCGGCGGGUUUUCCAUCUUUCAUCGAGAUGUGUGCAAGGCUUGAAAAGGAACCGAGAGGACAGGAAGCAACUCUACUCGCUGAAUGUCAAGGCGCUGCUGCAUGCGGCUGAUCGGUACAAGAGGACAUGCCUGCUUGCCUGGCGAGAGACGGCUGAGAUCAAGGCUUCAACCCGCAUGCUCGUCAAGGCCUUCCGAGCGAUGAGAUUGACAAGACCAGCGAUCGAAGCGCUGCUCGGAAACAUGCGCCAUAGACGGGAUCGAGCCAGGGCAGUCGCAAAGUCGGCCCUCCUGCUCGCCCGUUUGCACGAUCAGUUUUAUGUCGACACGUCCUUCUCCACAUGGAAAGUGAAGUACUAUCACUGCAAGCUCAUCAGGACGUUUGUGGAGUGGAGGAGAGUGAGGAGUAGGAAGAUGAUUCUGAAGAAGGGCUUCUCUUCCUUGAUCCACAACAUCGCUCUGUCGGAGCUAGAAGAGAAGCUGGCGAGCAAUGUGGAGGACUUCGAGAGGAGGAUGGAGCGAGCGAUGGCCGCAAAGUCUUUCAGGGUGUGGAGGGAGGUCAACGCUGAGAUGUCGACGUUAGAAUCUGUGUGUCUGACAGCCAUGAGGUCAAGGAGGGAGGAGCAGGUCUGGAGUUUGUUGUCUAAGAGGACGGAGAUGAAGCAGAGGGAGUUCGAAGCGCGCGCUCGUGACGUGGCUGACCGCUCCGCCCGCUCGAAGCUCUUGAGACGAAACUUGAGUGUCUGGGCUCGUCAUCAAAGGAUGAGCGCCAGGCUCCGGGCCGGGUACCAGCAAGUAAGAGACCGAGAAACAUGCGCUAUCAAGAGCAGAACACUCAUGACAUGGAUGAGAGUGAAGGUGGUCAAAGUGAAGAAACGGCGAUCCCGCGAUCUUGCAGACCAGCACAGGAGAGAUCUGGUGUUGAAGACAGCGUGCUUCGAGUGGAGGAUCUUGAAGCAGGAGAACAGGAACAAGGACGAGGCCAAGGACAGGGCCGAUGUGUUCAGGGAGUACAAGACGUGUGUGCGGUCGUUGUCCUCUUGGAGGAGGAUCCUCGAGAGUUCGAAGAGAAAGAUUCUGAUGCGACGGAGGGCAGCCAUGCACCACUACCUCCGCGUGCUCAAGGGGCCGCUCGACCGUUGGGGAGGAAGGGGCGAGUUCUCCUUCUUGUCCAUGAAGAAGAUGAAGAGGAUGAACUUGGAGUUCGCUGGCAACUGGCGUGAGACGAAGUUCAGGGCCAAGAAACAGCAUUUACUCUCCUUGCUCCUUGGGGUUCUAGUGCACGAGCUGAGCAUCGUGCGAUACUACCAGCAAGUCUUGAAGGGCUGGAGGAGGCAGAGGGCGUUCGAGGCAUGGAUCAUCUUCGUGGGUGAGGACGAGAGGCGGAAGAGAAUCAAGUUGAUGGCACAGUCGCACAGUAGAACAAGGAGUAGCUGCAGGACCCUGGCGGCGAUGAGAAGAUACGCGACGGAGAGGAGGGAGCGGACAAGAGUGAAGAGCGAGAGGGUGAACGACCUCAGGCGUGCGAUUCAUGGGGGAGCAGCAGCUCGCGCUCUGCUGGCAUGGCAGGACAUCCAUGCCCGGCUGGUGAUGAGAAGGCUGGAGAGGACAAGGGCUAACUGCCACGUCACGAGCCGGAGGAUCCGAAGGUCACUAAUUGCCCUCAGCUCCCAUGUGGAGUCGAGGAGGUGGGAGAGGCAGACGAUCGUGGCUGUGCAGACGAGGAUCAAUCAGCGUCUGCUGCAAGUGGGAUGGCAGGGAUGGAGGGAGGAGCAGCAGCAGCGGGGGAGCGACUUGAGAAAGCAUCAGACGAUCAGGGACAACCACCGGAGAUUGUCAGUGAAGCAGACGCUGUGUGCAAUGAAGAGCUUCGUGAUGUACAAGAAGGAGAAGCGGAGCAAGGAGCGAGCAGCCUUCGAGGACAGGAGGGUCCGCUUUCUCCGGGAGGGAGCAGCUCGUUGGAUCAAGGCGGGGACGCAGGAGAUUCGAUACAAGCACGAGAAGGCGCUGUCGUCACACAUGGAGCGGAGCAGCAGGGCUUACGCGCGAGCUGCGGGAAUAGCCAAACACUGGCUUGCCCUCACCCUUUCUCGGAGGUUGCAGAGGAUGAGUGGCAUGCGAGGAGGACACAUCCCUCCUCUCUCGACGCAGUGCUCUCCUCCUCCUCCUCCCUCGUCCUCCGACUUUUUGUGCUUGCCGCAUCGACGACUUGGAGCAGCAGAUCACCACAAGCAGGAACAGCGUGAGCGGAGCAUGGCGGGGAGGGUGGAGAUGAUGGAGACGCUUCGGACUCAUCGACCAGCUCCUCGUCGUCCCCUCCUAGUCUACUCUGAUCUCGACACGGGGACGUACAAGGAGGAGAGCAGCUGGUAUGGAAGCAAGCGUGCGGGUCACUCUGAUGCAGCCGCUAGCUCAACUAGGAGUGAGGAGAAGCGUCACGACACCAAGGAAUGCUCCCUGUUGCAGGACAGUCAAGUCAAGCAAGAGAGGAACUUGGCGCUGCAUGAGCUGAAGCCUUGCGAUCUGUUCGAUGCUGCUGACAAGGGCCGGAAAUCAAAUGGAAAAGGGGAGGAGGAGGAGGAGGAGGAGGAGGAGGAGCAGAUGAACUCCGAGGAGAUGGACAAGAUCGAGGCGACGCUGAAGGAUUUCUACGGGCAGCGCAUCAAGUACAAAGACAAGCUAAAGCAGCUGCAGGAGUUGCGUGAAACUGCACAGGUGCUGCAUGAGGGGGGGAAUCGCAACAAAGAGAAUGCAGAGGUGAAGAAAAGGAUAGCAGGGCUGGAAGCAUGGAUAUCAGAGUACGAGCGGGAGAAGGCAAGGAAGGUUCCAAUCAUAACACAGCUGUAUGCGAGGAUAGAGAAGCUUCGUGGCACGUGCUGA